GCGGGGGCAGGUGCGAUGGCGGAGGAGCGCGGGAGCUGUAGCGGGAAAUCAGAUUCCUCCCUUGAGGCGGCGGCGACUGCGGAGUCGCGGGAGCGCGAAGACUACAGCAGCCAGUGCGUGUUCUGCCGGAUCGCGAGGCGGGAGGAGCCGCGCACCCAGCUCCUGCACUGUGAGAAUGAAGAUCUAGUUUGCUUCAAAGAUGUCAAACCAGCAGCACCUCACCAUUAUCUUGUAGUGCCAAAGAAGCAUAUUAGAAACUGCACAGAUCUAAAGAAAGAGCAAAUAGGACUCGUUGAGGACAUGGUUGCUGUUGGAAAAACCAUUCUUGAAAAGAAUAAUUUCACCGACUUCCAAAAUGUGAGAAUGGGUUUCCAUGUGCCACCGUUCUGUUCCAUUUCCCACUUGCACCUUCAUGUUAUAGCACCAGUCGAUCAUUUUAGCUUCCUGUCAAGAUUGGUCUAUAGAGCAGAUUCCUACUGGUUUGUCACAGAAAUAAAGUCCUUGCUUUCACUUUUUGGUGGUCACUUCACCAAUUGUCAGGAGACUUAUGGAAAGUCUCCUUUUUGGAUUCUUAGUAUUCCUUCUGAAGAUAUUGCCAGAAACUUAAUGAAACGGACAGUGUGUGCCAAGUCCAUAUUUGAACUAUGGGGUCAUGGAAAAUCUCCAGAGGAGCUGUAUAGUUCUCUCAAAAACUACCCUGUGGAGAAGAUGGUUCCAUUUCUACAUUCAGAUUCUACAUAUAAAAUACAGAUUCACACAUUCAAUAAAACAUUGACACAAGAAGAAAAAGUCAAACGAAUAGAUGCUCUUGAGUUUCUGCCAUUUGAAGGAAAAGUAAAUUUAAAGGAGCCACAGCAUGUAUUCUCUGUUUUGGAAGAUUAUGGUUUGGACCCAAACUGCAUUCCUGAGAAUCCACAUAAUAUUUAUUUUGGGAGAUGGAUUGCAGAUGGACAGAGAGAACUUAUUGGGUCAUACAGUGUCAAAAAGAGACACUUUAUUGGAAAUACAAGCAUGGAUGCUGGUUUAUCAUUCAUCAUGGCCAACCAUGGAAAAGUGAAAAAAAAUGAUAUUGUCUUUGAUCCAUUUGUUGGAACAGGUGGCCUUCUGGUAGCAUCUGCUCAUUUUGGCGCAUAUGUAUAUGGGACAGACAUAGACUACAACACAGUUCAUGGCUUGGGAAAGGCUAGUAGGAAAAACCAGAAAUGGAGAGGACCAGAUGAAAACAUUAGGGCCAAUCUUCGUCAGUAUGGGUUAGAGAAGUAUUACCUUGAUGUCCUGGUUUCAGAUGCAUCUAAGCCUUCCUGGAGGAAGGAUACAUAUUUUGAUGCAAUCAUCACUGAUCCUCCAUAUGGUAUCAGAGAAUCUACAAGAAGAACAGGUUCACAGAAGGAAAUACCAAAGGGGAUAGAAAAAUGUCCAGAAAGCCAUGUUCCUGUUUCCUUGAGUUAUCAUCUGAGUGAUAUGUUUUUUGACCUGUUAAACUUUGCAGCUGAGACCCUCGUAUUAGGUGGAAGACUAGUCUAUUGGUUACCAGUAUACACACCAGAAUACACUGAAGAGAUGGUGCCCUGGCAUCCUUGCCUGAAACUCAUUAGCAACUGUGAGCAGAAGCUUUCCAGUCACACAGCAAGGCGCUUGAUAACAAUGGAAAAGGUGAAGCAAUUUGAGAACCGGGACCAGUAUUCACAUCUGCUAAAUGAUCAGUUUCUGCCAUACCAAGGCCAUAAUUCCUUCCGUGAGAAAUAUUUCAGUGGGAUAACAAAAAGGAUUGCCAAAGAAGAAAAAUCUAGCCAGGAGUGAAAAUUAAGAUUUUGACAAUGGAGAAAGAAUAAGGAUUUCAUAGAAAAGACAUCUGGAAGUGAACUGUCAUGUGUGAUACAGAAAACAUGUACUGUUUCAAAUAAUUUUAUAUAACAAAAUAAAUGCUACAAAGUAAAUUGAACAAUUCUUUUAAAAUUAGCUUUGUUUUAUAGGCUAUUUUGUUGUAUGUGGUCUUUUGAAUCUUAUUUAAUUUAUAUUUGUACUUUCAAGUAUUAUGGAAAUUGAAAACAGUUAUAGUUUUGGUAAUUUACAAAGGAAGCUAAUAUUGUUGACUUUUUAAACAGCUAUCUACCAAAUAUAUUAUAGGCAGUUAAUAGUAGUUUAGAGUUUAUUUGUUAGAUAGAGUUGUUUUAUUUGUUUUUUUAUUGUAAUUGAUUUACAUUGCCACUAAUAAAGCUUACUGAGGAUUCCUAAA